GCGCCACCGCCGACGCCAUAUUGUGAGGAGAGAGCGGGAGGGAGCGGCUGGGGGUCCGGGACAGGGAGAGCACAUAACAGCUUGGGGGGGAAAAAAAUACUGCUCACCUUACCACAGUUACGCAUACACACAGAUAUAUAACUUCAAUAAUUCACAGCCACAAAGAUGAGCGACAUCGACGAGACAGCCUACGAGGGGAGGGUUAAUAUUGAAGAAAUGGAAGAGUAUUUUCCAAGAAUGUGGAAGAAUAAUCAAGAUAACAGAAGGCUAAUCACAAGUAUUGCAGAUCAGAAAAUAAAAUUUGAAUGGGAAAUGAACAGAAGAUUGGUCAGAUAGAAGAGCUUGCUUUUAUAAGGCAUUAAUGAAUUGUUUGAAUUGGGAAGAAUACACGGAGUAUGAAAACUUUGAAAAUGAAGAAAUGAAGAAAAUAGAAAGCAAGAGUGAACUAAAAUUUAAAGAAUCUGGAAAAUUAAGAAUCUGGAAAAUUAAAAGAAUCUGGAAGAUUGAAUGUGUCCUAGGUUAAGUAAUGAGUCCCGUUCGCCAUCAAAAUCUCCAAGUGGAAGUGCUGGCCGUGUAAAAUCAGAAAGUCGCUCUGCAUCUCGCAGUCCUUCUAGGGCCUCAAAACGUUCAGAAUCUCGUUCUCGAUCAAGGUCCAAGUCUAGAUCUCACUCCAGAAGGCAUUCGCACCGGCGUUAUUCGCGCUCCAGAUCUCGUUCCCAUUCGCACAGAAGGCGAUCCCGUAGCCGGUCCUACACACCUGAGUAUCGAUCCCGCAGAAGGAGCCGUAGUCAUUCCCCAAUGUCCAGCCGAAGGCGCCAUGCAGGAAGUAGAACAGGACAUGUGUCAGCGAAGCAUGGAGCGUUGAUUGUAGAUGUGGAGAAGUCCGCUGCCAGGACUGCCCCAUCGUCCCAAAUGAAGGAUGAUUCCUGGAGGCGAGCAGGAUACGGGAAGAAAGAAGGGAAACUCGGUUCUCAAAACGCUAAUCCAGAUCCAAACACCUGCCUGGGUGUUUUUGGUCUUAGCUUGUACACCACUGAGCGUGAUCUUCGUGAAGUUUUCUCUCGGUACGGACCAUUGGCAGGAGUCAAUGUUGUGUAUGAUCAACGGACUGGGCGUUCAAGAGGAUUUGCAUUUGUUUAUUUUGAAAGACUAGAGGAUGCAAAAGAGGCAAUGGAGCGUGCUAAUGGAAUGGAACUGGAUGGUAGACGUAUUCGUGUUGAUUAUUCUAUUACAAAGAGGCCCCACACUCCCACUCCUGGGAUCUACAUGGGACGACCUACUCACAGUAGUGGAGGAGGUGGUGGUGGAGGCCGUCGUCGAGAUUCAUACUAUGAUCGAGGAUAUGAUAAAUAUGAUCGAUAUGAUGAUCGGGACUAUGAUUAUCGUUACAGUAGACGACGGUCACCAUCACCAUAUUACAGCAGAGGAUACCGAUCACGCUCGAGAUCUCGUUCCUAUUCGCCACGUCGUUACUGAUCAGACUCCUGCUUUCUGGACAACUGUCUUGAUUUUUAAUCAACGUGUUACAGUGACUUUUUUUUGGAGGGGGGUGGGGUUAAGAUUUUGGUAGUUGUGCAUGAUAGUUUCUGUGGCUAUAUACUGCUUUGGAAAGGCCAUUCUAAAAGCUACUUGCUUGAACUGAUUUAUGUAGUUCAUAACCUGAAGUAGGGAAAGGGCAGGGCUGGAAUUUAAUGGUAAUCUUUUAAUUACCAAGUACAGGUUGUUUUUGAACAUGCAAAUGCCAACAUUCAUUAGUUUUGUGAUGGUGUUUGACUUUGUCAUGAGGUUGUAUUUGCUGUUUGAAGCUGUCCUAGAGUUCUGAGGUGUAUUUUUUUUAUUCAAAGAAAAUCUGAUGUAAACCUAGAAAAGAUCAGUAUAUGCAUUUUACAAAAUAACUAUUGAAAAUGUGCAAGAGGGUAGACUGUUGUAAUGUCCUUCUGAAAGAUUCUUAAAAACUGAUUUGCCAGUUCUGGAACCUAUUGAUCUAACCAGGUAAUAGUGGAACAUUGAAUUUCUGCCCCAGAUUGAAAAUGUGAUGUGACAGAACUCUUAACAAUGUGUCUUCACAAUUGUAAAGGAUUAUAAGGAUUAAAUUUUUGUUUUUAGUUAAUGGUGUAUUUCUAUAUUUUGACCUGCAAGGUAGUACCUGCAUAUUGACCAACUAUAAUGUACAACAGUUUACAAAAAAUUAAAGAUGCCUCUGAGGGAGGUGCUUGGGAUAUUC